AAGUGAUAACGCGUGUAGUGUGUCGUAUUAUCUUUAAUAGAAACAUUCUUUGCAACAUUCUUUGAUAGAAACAUUCCUUGCAAAUUUCUUCAUAUUUUUUUUUCUCGCUGGGGGGUACCUAACGAUACCUCAUAUUUGAUUGAACUAUAUACAUUAGUGAGGAUACGUAGCGCUUGCUUAGUGCGCAUGCGCGACUUUAUUCCUACGACAGCGCAUCACUGCUGCGCAGAAGGUGACGAAAAUUCGUCCGAGAAGAUAGCACAUCUUGUUACUUACACCAUGGAAGAGGUUACAAAAUUGGAACAUCUAUCUCUGGUGUCCAAAAUCUGCACAGAAUUGGAAAAUCAUCUUGGAUUGAACGAUAAAGAUUUGGCUGAAUUUAUUAUACAUCUAGCUGAAAAGAACAACACGUUUGCAGCAUUCAAGAAAGUAUUGAUUGAGAAUGGAGCCGAGUUCUCAGACUCCUUUAUGGCAAAUCUUCUUAGAAUAAUACAGCAUAUGAAACCUGCUAAAACAUCUGCCGAAAAGUCAUCGAAACUUAUAAAUAAACAGGACGAAAUGGCUUUGAAAUUCCCUGCGCUGGCAUUACCAAACAAUGAUCCGCAAUAUUCAGAUAUCAAAAAUGCUAAAGAUGAGGAUAUUGUUAACAAUGUUAUGGCUUCUUUAGAAGCAUUUGCACCAUCUAAUAAAAAGCAUUCUAGAGGUACUGAAAGAAAUAAUAGUAAGAUUGAUGGUUGUGAGAAGAAAGACAAACGGAGAAAAAGAAGCAGAAGCAGAUCAAAGGCAGACGAGGACGAGAAGCAUCUGCGUAAUCCAGAUAGGCCUACUUCCUUGUUAGAACUACAAGGUAAUUACGACGAGGACGAGACGUACUCGAGAAAGCGCGUGCAACGUUUAUCAUCGCCAGAGAAGUGGGAGAUUAAACAGAUGUUAGCAGCAUCGUGCAUCGAUAGGAACGAGUUACCAGAGUUCGACACGGAGACUGGGAUUUUGCCGCGAGAGGACGACGAAGAGGAGGACGUGGAGAUUGAGCUCGUCGAAGAAGAGCCACCGUUUCUGCACGGUCAUGGUAGAGCACUGGGAGACCUUAGCCCUGUGCGAAUAGUGAAGAAUCCGGACGGCUCGCUGGCGCAAGCAGCGAUGAUGCAGAGCGCCUUAGCGAAAGAGCGGAGAGAGCAAAAGAUGCUGCAACGCGAGCAAGAGAUGGACUCUGUGCCCACUGGUCUGAAUAAGAACUGGAUAGAUCCGUUGCCUGAAGCGGAAAGCCGUACACUAGCGGCGAACAUGCGCGGCAUCGGACUACAAACGCAAGAUCUGCCCGAAUGGAAGAAGCACGUGAUAGGCGGUAAGAAAUCUUCAUUCGGUAAGAAGACCAACCUGACACUGUUGGAGCAACGUCAGACCUUGCCGAUCUAUAAACUACGCGAUGAUCUAGUGAAAGCGGUAACGGACAAUCAAAUUCUGAUCGUCAUCGGAGAGACCGGCUCGGGCAAGACGACACAGAUCACGCAGUAUCUAGCGGAGGCCGGUUUUACCGCACGCGGCAAGAUUGGCUGCACGCAACCGCGCCGCGUGGCAACUAUGAGUGUGGCCAAGAGAGUGGCAGAGGAGUUUGGCUGCUGUCUGGGCCAGGAAGUGGGCUAUACUAUCCGUUUUGAGGAUUGCACCGGACCGGAGACUAGCAUCAAGUACAUGACCGAUGGUAUGCUGCUACGCGAGUGCUUGAUGGACCUCGAUCUGAAAACUUACUCUGUGAUCAUGUUGGACGAGGCGCACGAGCGCACGAUCCACACAGACGUAUUGUUCGGCCUGCUGAAACAGGCGGUAGGCCGUAGGCCCGAUCUCAAGCUAAUCGUCACUAGCGCCACCCUGGAUGCGGUCAAGUUUUCGCAGUAUUUUUUCGAGGCGCCAAUCUUUACCAUUCCCGGACGCACGUUUGAAGUUGAGGUGAUGUACACGAAAGAGCCGGAAACAGAUUAUUUGGACGCCGCGCUAAUCACCGUUAUGCAGAUCCAUUUGCGCGAGCCGCCGGGCGAUAUCCUGCUCUUUCUCACCGGUCAAGAGGAGAUCGAUACAGCCUGCGAGAUCCUUUACGAGCGCAUGAAAUCGCUGGGUCCGGAUGUGCCGGAACUAAUCAUUCUUCCCGUUUAUUCGGCUCUGCCAUCGGAGAUGCAAACUAGGAUAUUUGAGCCAGCACCGCCCGGCUCGCGCAAGGUCGUCAUCGCAACAAACAUUGCCGAAACUAGCCUGACGAUUGACGGCAUCUAUUACGUCGUUGAUCCCGGCUUCGUCAAGCAAAAAGUUUAUAAUUCCAAGACUGGUAUGGAUAGUCUCAUAGUGACUCCUAUAAGUCAGGCGGCAGCGAAACAACGUAGCGGGCGAGCCGGCAGAACCGGACCCGGAAAAUGUUACAGGCUCUACACCGAGCGGGCUUAUAGAGACGAGAUGUUGCCCACGCCAGUGCCGGAGAUUCAGCGGACAAAUUUGGCCACCACCGUACUGCAACUGAAAACUAUGGGUAUCAACGAUCUUUUGCAUUUCGAUUUUAUGGAUGCGCCGCCGGUGGAGUCACUGAUCAUGGCGUUAGAGUCGUUGCACAGCUUGAGCGCCCUUGACAACGAGGGUUUACUGACGCGGUUGGGUCGGCGAAUGGCAGAAUUUCCACUCGAGCCAAAUCUAUCCAAGAUGUUGAUCAUGAGCGUGCAUCUCCAAUGCUCCGACGAGAUCCUGACCAUCGUUAGCAUGCUAUCCGUUCAGAACGUCUUUUAUCGGCCGAAGGAUAAGCAGGCUUUGGCCGAUCAGAAGAAGGCCAAAUUUAAUCAGCCCGAGGGCGAUCACUUGACCCUACUGGCGGUCUAUAAUUCCUGGAAAAAUAAUAAACUAAGUAAUGCGUGGUGUUAUGAGAACUUUGUGCAGAUCAGAACGCUGAAGCGCGCCCAAGAUGUACGCAAGCAACUGCUGGGCAUAAUGGACAGGCACAAACUAGAUGUAGUAUCGGCCGGCAAAAAUACGGUGCGCAUACAGAAGGCGGUAUGUUCCGGAUUUUUCAGAAACGCCGCGAAGAAAGAUCCGCAGGAGGGAUACAGAACGUUGGUCGACAGCCAAGUCGUGUAUAUUCAUCCGAGUAGCGCAUUGUUCAAUCGUCAACCGGAAUGGGUCAUCUAUCAUGAAUUGGUGCAGACUACCAAAGAAUACAUGAGAGAGGUGACGACCAUUGAUCCAAAGUGGCUAGUGGAGUUUGCGCCCGCGUUCUUCAAAUUUAGCGAUCCGACCAAACUCAGCAAGUUUAAAAAGAAUCAGAGACUAGAACCGCUUUAUAAUAAAUAUGAGGAACCAAAUGCGUGGAGGAUAUCCCGGGUUCGCAGGAGACGUAAUUAAAAGAUUUGCUGAUAAUCUAUGUAAAUAUCAUUCCGCGUUAUAACGAUUUUACCUGCUUGCAUAAUAUUUUAUUUUUUGAAAAUCAUAGAGAAAAAUAUACUCUUAAAAAUAUACUUUAGCUCAAAGUAGUAUUUUUUUUUAUCACAGUAAUAGCUUGCACCUACAAUGAUAAAACUUUGAAAAGACGAAGAACAUUUUUAUUUUGCAUGUGUAAUAUACUAUCUUAUUCUGAUACACAUGUAAAAAAUAUUUUGCUUUAUUAUUAGGAAAAGCAAGGAGUAAAGACAAGUUAUAUAGUUAUAAUAUCGCGAAGACAUUAUAUGACUCGAUUUUAUUAUAAACUAUAAAGUGUGUGUCACGAGAAAACAGAAAAACAUAAUGUAAUCAUUGAAUCAUAUGUACAAGAAUGCAAUUAUAAAGAAGAUUAUUUACGAAUCUUUACAAUGUACAUACUUGCAAACGUUGUAGUAAAUAUAACCAUGUUCACAUUAAAUU